CAUUAACUUGGAACGAGUUGAUGUCAGUGGGACCAAGCUGACCUGCUGUGUGUAAAACAGGAAAAGCGAGAGAGAUCCAUUUCCAUACCCUGCACUGCAAAAGCAAUGCAUCUUCUUCACCUUAUUCGUUGAACCUUCCAAAUCAUAAACCUUUUCCUCUCAAAUCUUCUCUUUCACCCAACUUCCUUCCUUCUCUGCUGCACCCUCCAUCGGUAUUACCUUCAAUUUCCAUUUUUUUCAUCAAUUUUGCAUGCGAUCAGUUUCAAUUCAGCCUCUGUUUUCAUUGUGCCGUGUGCAAUCAACCCCCUUUGUGUUAAUUCCAUCUGGGGUUUCACCCUUCUGCAUGAAAAAUCAAAUCUUGAAGUUCAACUGAUUAUUCAAUUCUGUGGGUUUGUGAUUAAUGGACAAUUAUGGGUCUUCACAGAAUCCAUAUGGAUAUGGGCAUCCAAACCCUUACAUGUAUCCUGGCAACACCCCUUCAUACCCUCCUCAUGAUCCAUAUGCACCUUCACCAUAUCAAUAUCCACCAAAUCCUCCAUAUUCCAACGACUACUCCUACCCUCCACCACCUCCACCACACUCCUCAAUCCCUUAUUCUAGCCACAUAGACUAUGCAUACCCCCCACCACCUCCUCCAACCACCACAUCACAUGGUUACUUUGACUUUCCUCAGCCUCAACCUCAGCCUCAACCUCAGCCUCAGCCUCAGCCACCUUAUACUUAUCCUUACCCUCAUCAGUUCCCUCAAGAAUGGAGUGUCACAGGAGGUGGAGUGUCUCACACUAGUGAUGAUUAUAACCCUCCUCACUCAUCUGCUUACCCUCCUUUGGAUGAUCUCAUGAGCAAUGUUAGAAUUUCUGAUAAUAACCUUCCAAGUGCACCUCCAUUGGCACAUUCAAUUUCAAUAGAUAAGAGAGAUGAGUUUCAUGGUUAUUCUAGCUAUCCCUCCUCGGGUUUGGAUCAGGUGGAUUCUUCUAAUCUUUCCGCUCAUUCUGAUGACUCGGUGCGUAGUCAUAGCUGGCAGAUUGUGCCAGCUCAGAGCAAAGGGUCUCUGAGGGUUUUGCUCCUGCAUGGGAGUUUAGAUAUUUGGGUUUAUGGAGCCAAACACCUUCCAAACAUGGACAUGUUCCACAAAACUUUGGGGGAUAUGUUUGGUAAAUUGCCUGUUAAUGUGAGCAACAAGAUUGAAGGAACUGUGAGCCGGAAGAUUACUAGUGAUCCUUAUGUGUCAAUUACUGUGUCAAAUGCUGUGAUCGGGAGGACUUUUGUGAUUAGCAAUAGUGAGAAUCCGGUUUGGGAGCAACAUUUCUAUGUUCCUGUUGCACAUCAUGCUGCUGAAGUUCACUUUGUUGUAAAGGACAGCGAUGUGGUGGGUUCACAGCUCAUUGGCAUUGUGGCAAUUCCUGUGGAGCAAAUAUACUCAGGGGAAAAGGUACAAGGGAACUACCCUAUCCUGAAUAGCAAUGGGAAGCCUUGUAAGCCAGGUGCCGUCUUGAGUGUAUCCAUUCAGUACAUUCCUAUGGAAAAACUUAUCAUUUAUCAUCAAGGAGUUGGAGCUGGCCCUGACUACAUUGGUGUUCCUGGCACAUAUUUUCCAUUGAGGAAAGGUGGAACCGUUACUCUAUAUCAAGACGCUCAUGUUCCAGAUGGUUGCCUCCCUAAUGUUGUGCUUGACCAUGGCAUGUAUUAUGCUCAUGGAAAGUGUUGGCUGGACAUCUUUCAUGCCAUAGAACAAGCACAGCGAUUGGUUUACAUUACGGGGUGGUCAGUGUGGCACAAAGUUAGGUUGGUAAGGGAUGCUGGCCAAGCAUCAAAUUACACCCUAGGUGAUCUUCUGAGGUCUAAGUCACAGGAAGGAGUAAGAGUGCUUCUCCUUGUUUGGGAUGACCCUACAUCAAGAAGCAUUCUCGGUUACAAAAUGGAUGGUGUAAUGGCAACUCAUGAUGAGGAAACUAGACGUUUUUUUAAGCACUCUUCUGUGCAAGUGCUGCUUUGUCCUCGCAUUGCUGGAAAACGACAUAGCUGGGCCAAACAAAAGGAAGUUGGAACAAUUUAUACACAUCAUCAGAAAACUGUAAUUGUGGAUGCUGAUGCUGGAAAUAACAAAAGAAAAAUUGUAGCGUUUGUUGGUGGACUUGAUUUGUGUGAUGGGCGAUAUGAUACUCCCCACCAUCCUCUCUUUAGGACACUGCAGACAUUGCAUAAGGAUGACUAUCACAACCCUACUUUCACGGGCAAUACUGGUGGUUGUCCACGGGAGCCAUGGCAUGACUUGCAUUCUAAAAUUGAUGGUCCAGCAGCUUACGAUGUUUUGACCAACUUUGAGGAGCGCUGGUUAAGAGCUGCAAAACCUAAAGGUAUUAAAAAGUUGAAGAGUUCAUACGAUGAUGCAUUGCUUAAGCUAGACAGAAUCCGAGAUAUUAUCAGUGCAUCUAAUGCUGCUAGUGUUGUUGAUGAUAAUCCUGAAUCAUGGCAUGUUCAGAUAUUCCGUUCAAUAGAUUCAAAUUCUGUCAAGGGAUUUCCAAAAGAGCCAAAAGAUGCAUCAAGCAUGAAUCUAGUAUGUGGGAAGAAUGUGCUGAUUGACAUGAGCAUACAUACAGCAUAUGUAAAGGCCAUUCGUGCUGCACAACAUUACAUUUAUAUAGAGAAUCAAUAUUUCAUCGGGUCUUCAUAUAAUUGGAGUCAACAUAAAGACCUUGGUGCUAAUAAUUUAAUUCCAAUGGAAAUUGCGCUGAAGAUUGCUGCAAAGAUAAGGGCAAAUGAGAGAUUUGCAGUGUACAUUGUCAUUCCAAUGUGGCCAGAGGGUGUUCCAACAGGUGCUGCUACCCAAAGAAUUCUAUUUUGGCAGCAUAAAACAAUGCAAAUGAUGUACGAGACAAUUUACAAGGCUUUGGUUGAAGUUGGGCUUGAAGCAGCAUUCUCUCCACAAGACUAUUUGAACUUUUUCUGUCUUGGCAAUCGGGAGGCCAUAGAUAUGUAUGAGAAUAUCACAGUGUCUGGAAAUCCUCCGCCAGCAAAUAGUCCACAAGCAAUUAGUAGAAACAAUCGACGUUUCAUGAUUUAUGUUCAUUCAAAAGGCAUGAUAGUUGAUGAUGAAUAUGUCAUAUUGGGGUCUGCAAACAUCAACCAGCGCUCUAUGGAAGGAACAAGGGACACUGAGAUUGCGAUGGGAGCCUACCAACCUAAUCAUACCUGGGCAAGAAGACGGUCUUUUCCACGUGGACAGAUCCAUGGAUAUAGGAUGUCACUUUGGGCCGAACAUACAGGUACUAUAGAAGACUGCUUCUUACAACCAGAGAGCCUGGAAUGUGUUAAAAGGGUUAGAACAAUGGGGGAACUGAACUGGAAACAGUUUGCCGCAAAUGAUGUAACAGAGAUGAGAGGGCAUCUGCUCAAGUACCCAGUAGAAGUUGAUCGAAAGGGUAAGGUAAGAUCUCUUCCUGGCCAUGAAGAGUUCCCAGAUGUAGGAGGAAAGAUAGUAGGAUCAUUUAUUGCCAUUCAAGAGAAUCUAACCAUUUGAUUUUUUUUUUCUUUUUUUUACAUUUACAUUGCUAGCCAUUAGGAUAGGAUGAAUGUAAAUUACAAACAAUUUUGAAAUGCAUUGUAGUUGAAGAAACAUUGAGCCCUGUGUAUAGUGAAUAAAAAAAAAUGCUCUAUUUCCUUUCUUGUAUACAUACAAAAACCAUUUGCUACACAUCAUCACUCCCUCAUUGUCUAUCUGGCUAGCUUACUAUAAGGAAUAUAUUGUUUAGUAAAACUGUAAUUUAGAGAACCGUGAGUUUGGUAUUAAUUAUGAAAUCAUUCCCCGCAUGAAAUCA